CCCCUGCCCUCUCUGCCGCCCCGGCGCGGCCUUCCCGCCGCUGGGCCCAGCGCGCCGGGACCUCCCCAUCUCCUGCUGGUGCCUUUGUUCGGCCUCCAGCCGGCCGGGGCAGCACGGGCGCAUGGCCCAGAAGCGGUAGGACGCGGCGGCAGAGAGGCGACCCGGGUGGGCGGGGACCCUCGCCGGUCGGAGGAAGGCCCAUCGGAUCGGCCUCGCCGAGCAGAGCCAUGGCUGAGGCCGUCGCCACUAAGACGGCGUGGAAGCUGCAUGAGAUCACAGCUCACAGCAGCAAUGUAUCCUCACUAGUCCUGGGCAAAACCUCAGGCCGGCUGCUGGCAACUGGAGGGGAUGACUGCCGGGUCAACAUAUGGUCAAUUAACAAGCCCAAUUGCAUCAUGAGCUUGACAGGCCAUACGUCGCCCAUUGAGAGCCUACAGGUCAAUACGAAUGAGAAUCUCAUUGUUGCAGGGUCCCAGUCAGGGUCCAUUCGAGUUUGGGACCUGGAAGCUGCCAAAAUUCUUCGAUCCUUACUUGGUCACAAAGCGAAUAUCUGCAGCCUUGAUUUCCAUCCUUACGGAAGCAUUGUGGCAUCUGGCUCUUUGGACACAAACAUUAAGCUCUGGGAUAUGAGAAAAAAAAACUGUGUCUUCAGGUACAAGGGCCACACAGAAGCAGUUCGAUGUCUCCGCUUUAGUCCCGAUGGGAAGUGGUUAGCCUCUGCUGCUGAUGAUCACACUGUGAAGCUGUGGGAUCUGGUGGCUGGAAAGCUAGUGUUUGAAUUUACAGAACAUACUGGCCCAGUAAACGUUGUUGAAUUCCAUCCCAAUGAAUACCUUUUGGCAUCUCGUAGCUCUGACAGGACUGUUCGGUUCUGGGACUUAGAGAAGUUUCAAGUGGUGAGCUGUAUUGAAGAGGAGGCUACUCCCGUCAGGUGUGUGCUUUUCAACCCAGACGGCUGCUGCUUGUAUAGUGGCUUCCAGGAUUCGCUGCGUGUGUACGGCUGGGAGCCGGAGCGCUGUUUUGAUGUGGUCUUGGUGAACUGGGGAAAAGUAGCUGAUUUAUCUGUUCGCAACAACCAGCUGAUAGGUGUUUCCUUUGCACAAAGCACAGUCUCUUCCUUUGUUGUGGAUCUCAGCAGAGUCAUAAAGUCGGAUUCUAUUUCUCAUGGGCUAAUCAGGGAUGAUGAGCCUCUUGUGCCACCUAUCCCCACGGGGUCCUCCCUUCGCCGCAUCUAUGACAGACCCUCAACUAGCUGCAGCAAGCCACAAAGUAGAGUGAAGCGUAACUCAGAGAGUGAGAGGCGCAGUCCCAGCAGUGAAGACGACCGGGAUGAGAAGGAAUCAAAGGCUGAGAUCCAGAACCCAGAGGAUUACAAUGAGAUCUUCCAGCCCAAGAAUGCUAUAUGUCGCACUCCUCCUCAGAACAGUGAGCCCUUUCCAGCCCCCCCUGAGGAUGAGCCCAUAGCUGCAAAGGAAGCAGUGAAGCCCACCCAAGCUCCGGAUGUCCAGACAUUGUUGCCAAAGCAAGAACUUCCUAAUCCAGUCCAGAGACCAUCAAUUGCCUCUUCAGCUGCUUUGACCAGAGCAGAGCCAUUGGUGAUUCCUGCAGCCAGAAAUGAGCCCAUUGGCCUGAAAGCGUCUGACUUCCUACCAGCUGUGAAAAACCAAAGCCAGACAGAGCUUGUGGAUGAGGAAGCCAUUUCCCAGAUCAGGAAAGGCCACGAGACCAUGUGUGUGGUGCUCACCAGUCGCCGCAAGAAUCUGGACACUGUGCAGGCCGUGUGGAGCUCCAGUGAUAUCAAGAACUCUGUGGACUCUGCAGUGGCGAUCAAUGAUCUGUCUGUUGUUGUGGACCUCUUGAAUAUUAUCAACCAAAAACCGUCUCUCUGGAAGCUGGAUUUGUGUGCUAUAGUCCUGCCACAGGUAGAAAAACUACUCCAAAGUAAAUAUGAAAGUUACGUGCAGACUGGCUGCACAUCCCUGAAACUCAUUCUCCAGAGAUUCUUGCCACUGAUCACAGACAUCCUUGCUGCACCACCUUCUGUUGGAGUGGACAUCACCAGGGAGGAAAGGCUCCAUAAAUGCAAGCUGUGCUACAGGCAGCUGAAAAACAUCAGCAGCAUCAUCAAGACCAAGUCGGGGCUCAGCGGCCGCCAUGGUAGUACCUUUCGGGAACUGCACCUCCUUAUGGCUGUCCUGGAGUGACAGCCAUCACCUCCCCAUGUGCAAAUGAAAUUGGCCAAGCUCCCUUUUGGCUGGAUUUCAUCUCUCUCCAUGUGUCCAUCUUUGCCCCACACAGCGCAGUAGGGAAGUGGGAUUUCACUGGCUGGGUGCCUGCCUAGCCUGGGUGCCUUUAUGGGCUGAAUGGAGGUCCUGAGUGGAGAGACAUCUGUGCUGUAUGAGGCAACCUGCCUGGUGGAGGGCCCCACAAAGCCCUGUAGGGAGGCAGCUUCAUUUCAUCUUUUCAUCUCAGCAUCAAGCUGUCAACUGCUCCAUCUGUGUGUGGUGGCCUUUUGCUGAUGGCCAUCCAAGCCCACUGUCUCAUCUUCACCCAUGUGUGCUGUUGGCUUACUGGCUCUAUGGGUUGGGGCUGGCUGACAUCACUCUCCCUGUGCAUUGUGCUGCGCACAACAGCCUCAUGGGGGUUGGAGUGUCCUUUCUCUACAGAAGGACUUCACCUGCCCUGUGGGACUGGCCAUUUGGGCUUCCUUUGUCAAACAUGAGCCAGGACACCAAGACGCCAUGCCUGGGGUAGCUUCAAGGACUUGUAUUGAGAAGGGGGCUGCCUCUUGGCUUCUCAGAAACCCCUGCUGGCACCCUAGGCUGCACAAGGUUAAUAUCAUCAGAAUUCCUGGUAACUGAGAUCUACCUUGAGGAGUUAAAACAUGUGACUUAAACAGGACUUCUCAUAUUUUUACAUUUGGGGAUAAGGAUUUAGGAGGGCUGAGAAACAGAGGCAUGUGGACUAAUGUCUUUCUAUAUCCAUUGGACUGCUAUUUUUCCCUCAAUAAAUGUCUGUCAGAACCUCUCUGUCCCUCUUUCUUUCCAGUGCAGAAAGAGGUUUCUGUUGGUGCUUCCUUUGUGCCUCCCAGCCUGUCUCCUAUUUUGUUAUACACUGGAGCUUGUUCUCCAGGAAACUGUAACUUAUAAUGGAAUUUAUUAAAAGAUUUGUAAUUUUUUUUGUAA